AGACGCCGAGGAGACGGUGUGUGUAAGGAACAAACGACGCGGAGAUGGCAGCCCUGUCCGUUUGGACGUGCGUGGCUGCUGUGGCCAUUGCUCUGUUCUCCAGACAAGUUGUGGGAGGGAAUGCAGAAGUAGACAUCAUCAAAGAAAUCUUUAAAAACUACAAUAAGAACAUCCGCCCCGCAGCGAACGCCUCAGACAAGGUUGAGGUGCAGGUGAAACUGACCCUUACCAACCUCAUCUCCUUGAAUGAAAAGGCGGAGACUCUCACUACCAGUGUUUGGCUUGAACUACAAUGGACAGAUUAUCGUUUGUCAUGGGACGAAGGAACCCACCAGAUGGAGGUGAUCCGCGUGCCCUCCCACUUGGUCUGGCUUCCUGACAUCGGCCUGGAGAACAACAUUGAUGGGAAGUUUGAUGUAGCCUACUACGCUAAUGUCCUCAUCUACUCCAGUGGAUACGUGUACUGGCUUCCCCCCGCCAUCUACCGAAGCACCUGCGCCAUUGAGAUUACCUACUUCCCCUUUGAUUACCAGAACUGCACAAUGGUCUUCAGGUCUCAAACCUACAGCCCUAAUGAGGUCGAACUCAAACUGGCUAUCGACGAAGAAACUUCCGAACCCAUUGAGUGGGUGGUUAUUGACCCUGAGGCUUUCACUGAGAAUGGAGAGUGGGCAAUCAAACAUAGGCCAGCCCGAAAGAUAAUAAACAACAAGUAUACUCCAGAUGACCUGGAAUACGAGGAGAUCUUUUUCUAUCUGAUCAUCCAAAGGAAACCACUUUUCUACGUCAUCAAUAUUAUCCUGCCUUGCUCGCUCAUCUCCUCUUUGGUCCUGCUGGCCUUCUUCCUCCCAGCCCAAGCUGGUGGACAGAAGUUGACCGUAUCCAUCUCUGUGCUGCUGGCCCAGACUGUGUUCCUCAUCCUUAUUGGUGGGAAGAUUCCAGAGACAUCAUUGUCUGUCCCUCUGAUUGGAAAGUACGUGAUCUUCGUAAUGUCGGUGACCACCAUCAUUGUCACAAAUAUGAUUAUUGUGCUCAACUUCUCCCUCCGCACGCCCAGUACCCACACCAUGUCUCCCUCUAUCAGACAUCUCUUCCUUCAGGUUGUCCCUCGCUUCCUGGGCAUGAACGCUCUGGUGGAUGACGGAGAGGGCGACAGAGAGAUGGGUGGGGAGGCAGCGAGGGAACGGCGACGCAGCUCGUUCGGCCUGAUGCAGCGGGCCGAGGAGUACGUGCUGAAGCAGCCGCGCAGCGAGAUGAUGUUCGACCGGCAGCGGGAGCGCCACGGCCUGACUCGCUCCUUCGUGGAUGACAUUGAUGUGAGCACCACAGCCACCCUUUACAAGAGCCUCGCUGACGCGGCACCAGAGAUUAAAGAAUGUGUGGAUGCCUGUAACUUCAUCGCAGAAAGCACCAAGCAACAAAAUGACGUUGGAUCCGAAGUGGAGAGCUGGGUGUUGAUUGGGAAGAUGAUUGAUAAGGUGUGCUUCUGGGUGGCCCUUCUGCUCUUCGCUCUGGGUACCGUGGCCAUCUUCCUCACGGGACACUUCAACCAGGCUCCUGAAUUUCCUUUCCCUGGUGAAAACAAGCCAUACACUCCCCCUUAAUCAAGUGGGGCGACAGUGGUACAGUGGUACAGAGGUAGAGAAGUCGUAUAGUAAUCAGAAGGUUGCUAGUUCAAUUCCCUGUCGAAGCGUCCUUGAGCAAGACCCUGAACCCCUAAUUGCUCCUGAUGUGCAGUGUGCCAUCAGUGUAAAUGUAAAAUGUGUAUACCUUGUAAGUCGCUUUGGAUAAAAGCGUCUGCUAAAUGACUAAAUGUAAAUGUAAAGUGCUCUCUCCCGCCACCUCUCAACAUUCACUUUUACAUGUGGUUAAGAACAAGGUAGUGUAUAAUAACAUUAUGGUUUUUUAGAAAGGUAUGGAACCGUACUCUUGGCACAUCAUUGACUUAUUCUAUUUGUAUGAAUAACAUCUCGUGCCCAGUGGUGGAUGCAAGUGUUGCAUUGAUGUGAUGUUUAUCCUUUUAAUGUUUUUUUGUUUUGUUUUUAAACGAUGCAUCUUUCAAUGUUCUUCUUCCAUCGUUCUUUCAUUUUAUGUACGUAUAUGUCAUGUCAUUGGUUCAUUGGUUAAGUGUUCUGUUGUUAUAUUGCAUUUACAAUAACUUUUGGGAAAGGUGUUUACUAGUUAAUCUCGUUCCCCCUGAUGAUUCAUUGGUACGAUAUGUUCUCUUACAAAUGAAACUUAGCUUUGAGUCAAGUGAACUCUGUUCAUUUCCUAAAGUUUACAGCCAUUUAAAACUUGUGAUAUGUGACCAUGUGCCACUGUACGGAGGAUAUUGUGUCAUUUCAGUAAUACAGUAUUCAGAAGGUUUAAGCCACUUUUAAACAUCAAAAGUGCUGUUUACUGUUACAGGACAUAAAUACUGUCUUACUUGAAAUCUCUGUAACUUUACCAUGUUAAUGAAAUAAUGCCCAACGACAUGGAGAGCAAUCUGUAUCUGUGUGAAUACUAAAGAUGACUGUUGCUGAAUAUGCUAUAAUAUGAUACUAUGAGAAUAAUAACACAGACAUUUUCUAUUCAA